AUGAGGAUGAUCAAGACAAUGGGAAUGACCAAAACAAACACAAAAGACAUCCUGAGUAAUACGUCCAACAGUGGACCAGACGAAGUGGACAAAGACAGAUCCAUCAGGACCAGUUUAUUUUGUGCUGACAUUCAAGAAAAUGAGGAAGACCUGUCAGAUUCUGAAGGGAACAUGCUUGAUUCUGAAGAUGAAAAUUAUGUGGACAGAGAAGACUUGAUGGAGGGCAGUACUAGUGGAGAAAACACAUCUGAAUUAUCAGUGGGAAAUGAAGAUAUAGCCGUUACUGGUGACAAGCCCUUGUAUCCUGGUGCACCAAUUUCAAAAGUAAGUGUAUUAAUGCUGAUGUCCUGUCUGUUACGACACAAUUUAACAGGCAAAGCACUUACUCACUUACUGGAAAUGUUUAACACAAUGUUUCCAGGUCUGAUCCCAUCUUCACAUUACCUUUUCCACAAAGAUUUUGGAAGUUCAUCUAAAUUUGAAGUUCACUUUUAUUGUGAAAGUUGUUUAAAAUACCUAGGCGUCAGAGGAGACUGUCCCUCUCAGUGUGACACUUGCAAUACAGAAUUUGAUGCCAAUGCAAACCUUAAGAAUGGAUUCUAUUUUCUUGUGUUGCCCCUGUAUGCACAGAUUCAGCAGCUUUUGCAAGAAUAUGGUGUCAAUGGAAAAAACUAG